GGAACUCCCACAAGCCACUGGGCGCAGUUUUCAGAUGCGCUGGCCCACGUUGCAUGCCGGGAUCUCCGGGAAGCGCAGGGCUUCUCCAGGGUUUUGCUUGUGUCAGCUGUGUUUUCCAGGACCACCGCGCCGGAAGUAGCGCGUGGGCUUUUGGUUUACAUCUCCACGGAGGGAGGAAGCCUGAAGAAGAAUGGCCAGCUCCACUUCUCACCACAUGGUCUGUGGGUCAGUGACACUUAGGGAUGUGGCUGUUGAGUUCUCUCAGGAGGAGUGGGCCUGCCUGGAUGCUGCUCAGAAGGCCCUAUACAGGGACACGAUGUUGGAGACCUACAGCAACCUCGUGGCAGUGGUGGGAAGCUGCAUUUCCAAGCCCGAUCUGAUCGUCUUACUGGAGCAGCAGAAAGAGCCCUGGAUGGCUGUGAAGGAAGAAACAGACAGGCUGAGCCCAGAUUUGGAGGAAGAUUAUGAUGCUGGAAAUAUAUCCCCAGAAAAUCCUGUUAGUAAUAGAAAAGUUUCCAAAGAGAGCAUAAAGCAAUUAAGUAGAACUUUUGACCUCAAGGGCUCCAGGUUUAGUAAUGGCCCCAACUUUAGUACAUUCCAUGGACUACAGGAUUGUCAAGGAGAUGCUGGCCAACAGAUUACUAACAAGGCAGAAAUGCAUCCUUAUUCCUGCCAGACUCUUGCUCACAACAUAGAAAAGCCAUAUGAAUGUAAGGAGUGUGGGAAGUGCUUUGGUUGUAGGUCAACUCUAACUCAGCAUCAGAGUAUUCAUACUGGAGAGAAGUCCUAUGAAUGUAAGGAGUGUGGGAAGGCCUUCAGACUCCACCAGCAGCUUACAAGACAUCAGAAAUCUCACAGUGGUGAGAGACCUUUCAAUCGUAAUGAAGGUGAACAGGCUUUUCAACAUCCCAACCUACUCAAGUACCAUAAAACCAUUCAUACAGGUGCAAAGACAUUUGAGUGCAGGGAAUGUGGGAAGACCUUCAACCGUGUCUCCAGCCUUGUUGAACAUAAGAUUAUUCAUGCAGAUGUGAAACCAUAUGAAUGUAGUGAGUGUGGGAAAGCCUUUAAACGACACAGAAGUUUUGUGCGCCAUCAGAAAAUUCAUUCUGGUGAGAGACCUUUUCAGUGCAAAGAUUGUGGGAAAGGCUUCAUUGUUCUGGCCCACCUCACCAGGCAUCAGAGCAGUCAUAGUGAAGAGAAGCCAUUUGAGUGUGCAGAAUGUGGCAAGAAAUUCAGAACUGCUAGACACCUUGUUAAGCACCAGCGCAUUCAUACUGGCGAGAAACCCUUUGAAUGUAAUGUAUGUGGGAGUGCUUUCCGGCUUCAACUAUACCUUUCUGAGCAUCAGAAAACUCACAUGGAAGAGAAAUACUUGGAAUGCAAUAUAUGUGGCAAGGCUUUUCGGCUUCAGGUGUACCUUUCUGAGCAUCUGAAAACUCACACUGAAGAGAAUCCUUUCAAGUGUAAGCUCUGUGGGUCAGCCUUCCCAAAUAAGUACCAGCUAAAUAAACAUCUCACAAUCCAUACUGAUGGGAAACCCUAUCAGUGCAAGGAAUGUGGGAAAUGCUUUCGUCAAAGGUCAAAAUUAACUGAACAUGAGAGCAUUCACACUGGGAAGAAACCCUUCCAGUGUGAAGAAUGUGGGAAGUUCUUUAGACUGAAUACACUUCUCAUUCAUCAUCAGAAGUCUCACAGUGGUGAGAGACCUUUUGAAUGUAAAGAAUGUGGAAAAGCUUUCCUUCUUCCCAGUCAACUUAAUAGUCAUAAAAUUGUUCAUACAAGCAAAAGACCCUUUGAAUGUAAGGUAUGUGGGAAGUCCUUCAAGCGUGAAUCCAACCUCAUUCAACAUGGUGCUGUUCAUGCUGGUGUGAAGUCAUAUGAAUGCAGUGAGUGUGGGAAAGCCUUUAUCCAUCGCUCAAGCCUGUUCCACCAUCGGAAAAUUCAUUCUGGUGAGAAACCUUUUAAAUGUCAGGAAUGUGGAAAGGCCUUUGUGGUUCUGGCGUAUCUCAUUCAGCACCAGAGCAUCCAUAAUGGAGAGAAAUCGUUCAAAUGUCAGCAGUGUGGGUCAGCCUUCAGAUGUAAGUCCCAACUCAAUAAACAUCAGAGAAUUCAUACUGAUGUGAAACUCUUUCAGUGCAUGGAAGAUUGAACAGAGUUUGUUCAUGGAACAGAGCUUAGCGUUCAUCAGGGAAUCCAUACUGUUGAGAAGCCCUUUCAGUAUAAUGAAUAUGGGGGAGCUUUUUAAUGUCUUCUCAAAAUAGACAUAAUAAAUUCAUACCAGCAAGAAUCAUCAUGAAUGUAAAGAAUGUGAGAAGUACAUUAUGUGUGGUAGAGACCUUAAAGUACAUCAGAGAAUUCACACUGUAAGAAACAUUACCACUGUUAAGAUUGUAGGAAGACCUUUGGUUGAAUAUGAAACUUGUUUUGACAUCUAAAUAUUAAUAAGUCUUAUGAUGUAAGGAAUAUGGAAAGGCCUACAGUAAUGCUAAGCUUUUUGUAUAUCAGAGAAGUUCUACUGGCGAGAAAUUCUAUGAAUAAAAGUAAGGUGGCAAAAUGUUUAGACUUAGUUCAGCCUUUAUGCACAGUGGCAAAUUCAUACUGGUAGGACACCCUAUCAGUGUAAAGAAUGUGGAAAGACCUUCAAGUGAAGCUUGGAACUUCAACAUAAAAAAUGCAUGCCCGUGUCAAACACUAUGAGUGCAAGGGAUGUGGGAAUAUUUACAGAAUUAGCUCAGCUCUUAAAGCUCAUCAGAGAGUCCAUAUAAGUCUGAGACCCUGUGAAUGUGAAGGCUUGGUAAGAAGUUUUUAUUGUAAAUGGUGAGCACAACAUCAGAAAAUCCAUAGUCAUCACCAGUCAUGUGCGUGUAAAGGAGGAGGACAAGUAUUGGAUGAGAAUCUUACUGAACGUCAGAGAACUCAUUGGGAAGACUGGGAUUUGGUGAACAUCAGAGUAUUCAUAUACUGUUGAAGCCAAAACACCCUUUGGAAUGAGAUUUUGGGAAGUUGGUUCAGAGAUGAUACUCUAUUGAAAAUGUUUCUUAUCCUCAGAAAUCUAGGAAGAAAAGUCUCCUGAAAACCUUUUCCCAGUACUCUAACAGUCCAAAUUGACCAAGUUUGCAGAGUCUGUCCCAGGAUGCUGCCAGAUGUGACUGGAAGAAAAGUUGUCCUGUCCUCCCUUACAGGGUAAGGGUGCAGAACACUGACAGUUAAACUGUGAGGGGCCACACAUGAAGGACCUGACUCUGCCCCAGCAACAGCAAACCCCUGAAGGCUCUAAUGUCUAGGAGGAAAGGUGGGGUGCCUGCAAUUCAGUCCUUUCCUUUGAGGGUUGAGUCUAGGUGUGGGAGCUUUUGCCUGUAAUUACAGAAUAUAAGAGGCUGAGGCAGGAGAGUUGCCAGGCAUUUAAGGCAAGCCCGGGUUUCAUGUAAUGAAUCCCAGGGUAUCUUGGAAAAGAAAAGCAAAAUGGACAAAAGCACAAGCCUCAAGGCUCAGGGAUCUACAGACAAGAGAAAGCAGGAAGAUUUUAGGAGCCAAAAGGGAUGGGUGUCUCCAAGGAAACGUUGACGUCCAGACCUAGCAGAUGCUCAUAUGAGCUCUCAGAGUCCAUGCAGUACGUACGGGUUCAAGCAAGACAGUAUCAACAGUGAGGGUCGGGGGGGAAACCACGGCUCUCACCCCAACCAGUGAACUAUCUGUAAUUGACACCUGCCAGCAAAUAAAAAUCAGUUUUCUCCAA